AUGGCUCGUGGAUCUGGAAGAUUGGCGGCGUUUGUGGGCGGCUGCGCUUUAGCUGGUGGCCUUGCCUUCGUUCCCGGUAUGGUGCCGGUGACCCGCACGACACCAAGUCCGAACACCCAUGCAGGAAGGGAGCAGGCUGACUUCGCAGAUGCCAGCUCUUUCCAAUCCUUGCAGGGGCUUUUCGGAGGCGUCGCGCUGGGCCUGCUGCUGAGCGUGGCCUCGGCCUCCCCGGUCCUGGCAGAGGAGGCGGCGGCCGAUUCGGCAGCACCGGCCGCGCCCGCGGCCAAGGAGCUUUCGGAUGACGAGAUUCUCGCCAAGGGUUGUGACAUCCGCGUGGACUGCAAGACCCAGGAGGAGCAGUUCCGUUGGGCCAAGGCCUACUACAGGAAGUACAACCGAGAGACCGAUGGCAAGGACCCCAAGUACUCCCAGGCCAGCACUGGUGCCGGUACCUACCGCAAGUACAAGGUCGACCUCUACAUUGAAAACCCGGGUAUUGCGGACACCACUGACGGCACCUACCAAAUCAACCCGGCGGCGACAGCAUUCGAGCCCAUCUGGAAGGAGUACAACAAGCAAGUCAAGGCCCGAAUCGAGAGCGUCUACGGCCAUUCUGACGAGCCCAUCCGCUGGAAUGGCGACUACUGCGACAACAAGCUGAGCCCCUACAAGACCGCCAACUGCAUCGGCAUCUACACCAAGAAACGGGAAGUGUCAAGAGCUCAGCCCCCUGUUUGUUGGGAUAAACGUGCGCGGAGAUACGUCUAUUUGGACAUCUACUUUGUGAAGACAGCCUACGCCGCGAGGAUACCCCGAGCAACAACUUCAGAGAGCGCUCGCAGAAACGAAAAGGGAAUGGUGGAGCUCGCCCUUGUGGGCACCUGCGCGCUGACAGGCAGCCUGGUCUUCGUGCCCGGUCUUGCGCCCAAAGUUGCCCCGUCGCCAGCCCCGCGCGUUGGCCAGCAGGAGGUCGACCUGCAAGCAGGUGAGGAGGCUAGCUCAUUCAGCUCUUUGACCGGUCUCUUCGGCGGCGUCGCGCUGGGCCUGCUGCUGAGCGUGGCCUCGGCCUCCCCGGUCCUGGCAGAGGAGGCGGCGGCCGAUUCGGCAGCACCGGCCGCGCCCGCAGCCAAGGAGCUUUCGGAUGACGAGAUUCUCGCCAAGGGUUGUGACAUCCGCGUGGACUGCAAGACCCAGGAGGAGCAGUUCCGUUGGGCCAAGGCCUACUACAGGAAGUACAACCGAGAGACCGAUGGCAAGGACCCCAAGUACUCCCAGGCCAGCACUGGUGCCGGUACCUACCGCAAGUACAAGGUCGACCUCUACAUUGAAAACCCGGGUAUUGCGGACACCACUGACGGCACCUACCAAAUCAACCCGGCGGCGACAGCAUUCGAGCCCAUCUGGAAGGAGUACAACAAGCAAGUCAAGGCCCGAAUCGAGAGCGUCUACGGCCAUUCUGACGAGCCCAUCCGCUGGAAUGGCGACUACUGCGACAACAAGCUGAGCCCCUACAAGACCGCCAACUGCAUCGGCAUCUACAACAAGUGA